CGCGCCAUCAGACCGAAAGGGUCACCACAAGGAGAUUCUUUUUGUCUGUAAUGUUCGAGGACUCUGUCGUUUGCGCACAUUUAAUUCACCAUCAACACAUACAACAAAAUGUCCGAACCCCCCGAAGCUAAAGCUCAAGUUGAGGCCCCCGCCGAGGGCGAGACUCCCGCUCAAUCGAAGAAGGGAGCCAAAAAGGCCGAGGCCAAGGCGAAGAAGGAAGCUGAGAAGGCCAAGCGAGCCGCCGAACGCCUCGCCGCCGAAGCUGCCCAAAAAGCCGCAUCUGGCAGCGGCGAGGACGUCGGAAAGGACAACUACGGUGAUGCUACCAUUGAGGCGAAACACAUCAACGCUGAGCGAAUCUACUUGAAGAAUUUGGGAAAGGACCACGUGGGAAAGACCGUUAAACUGCGAGCAUGGAUUCAGAACUCACGCAUGCAAGGUGCUAAGAUGGCAUUCUUCGAGCUUCGAGAGGAGGCCAACUGGACCAUUCAGGCACUGAUGGGCGUUGACGAGCAGAAGGGAGUCAGCAAGCAAAUGGUCAAGUGGGCUGGCGCCUUGAACUCAGAGAGCUUCCUGCUCGUUGAGGCACUAGUCAAGGAAGCUCCCGAGCCCAUCAAGAGCUGCCGUGUCAAGGACUUCGAAUUGCAGAUCUCCAAGCUCUACGUCGAGGCGAAGGCUCCUGCAGAACUUGGUCUGACUCUGGCUGCGGCCAACAAGGCCAUCUCCAGCUUCGAGGAUACCGACCCAGUGCAAGGGAUGAAGGACCUCUCCGUCACCGAACAAACUGGUGGUGCACCUUCUGCCAGCCUGGGUACGCACCUCGACAACCCCGUUAUGCAUAAGCGAGCACCCCUUACGAGAGCCAUCGCCAAGGUCCGAAUGACCGUACGAAAGCUCUUUGCCGAGUUUCUGGAUGCGAACGACUUCGAGCAGUUUGAGGCGCCUUGCUUGAUUGGCGCAGCCUCGGAAGGCGGUGCCAACGUCUUUAAGCUGCCAUACUUCGAGACUGACGCCUGCCUGGCUCAAUCUCCCCAAUUCUAUAAACAAUUCGAGAUUGCUGGGGGCGCGAAGCGAGUGUACUGUAUCGGCCCCGUCUUCAGAGCAGAGAACUCCAACACCCCGAGACACAUGACCGAGUUCACCGGUCUUGAUAUGGAAAUGGAAUUUGAGGAGGACUAUUCCGAGGUUCGCAACAUGAUCGAGAGCCUCAUGCUUUACAUCUUCCGAGGUUUGGAGGAGAAGUGCAGCGAGCAAAUUGAGCUCAUUCGAUCCGUAUACCCGUCCGAGAAGUUCCUACUGCCUGAGGCUGGCAAGGAAGUUCGCCUUACAUUCGCAGAGGGCCAGAAAUUGCUUCGAGAGCAUGGCCCUGAGGAAUUCCGCAAUGUCUCCGACGACGAGGAUAUGAGCACUCCCCAAGAAAAGGCACUAGGAGCAUUAGUCCGAGAGAAGUUCGGCACCGAUUUCUACGUGCUCGACAAGUUCCCCGAGAGCGCCCGACCUUUCUACACUAUGGAGGACCCUAAGAAUCCUAACAUCACCAACGCUUACGACUUCAUGAUGCGUGGCCAGGAAAUCCUUUCCGGUGCACAGCGUAUCCACAUCCCUGAGCUGCUGGAAGCUCGUAUGCGCAGGAAGGGCCUUGACCCCGCCAGCCCCGGUCUCAAGGAGUACGUGGACGUCUUCAGAUCAGCCGGUGUUCCCAAGCAUGGUGGAGGUGGAAUUGGCUUAGACAGAGUUGUGGCUUGGUACUUGAACCUGCCGAGUGUGCACUUGGCCUGCGCGUACCCCCGAACUCCCAAGAGACUGUUGCCGUAGAUUAGAGUAAAGUACUGAUACACAGUGAACCAAAAUAUACCUCAAAAGCCUCCUAGAGGAAUGUCACUUAGAACAUUGACGCAUGAACCUCGAUGAAAAAAUUAUUGGUUUCAGAUGAUGAUUUCAAAGAACUCGGAUCGGAAACAGCAGGUGACCCUGCGAGUUUCAACUAGGCAGAGUUGAUUUGCCAUAUACAAUCGGGAUAGUCGGUUGGAAGUAGCAACCUUGGGCCUGUCGCAGUAAUUUAGCGACAGACGGAGACAGCAUUGCUGCUUGAUUGACCUGCUCGCAUACAGCAUGAAACAGUAGUUGCGGCAAACCGGUCCUGAUUACUUUGCAC